UUCUCUGAAAUUAUGAAACUAAAGAAAGAUGUCUUUCGUCUUGUGAUAUAUGUUCUGCUAUUUAUCUGUGGGAUAACUAUACUUCUAAGAGUGGGAACACAGAGGAUGAAAAAUCAUUCUUAUUCAAAUGCUUCUGCAUGGAUAUUAAAAAUCACAGAACAAACCAAACGAUUGAAAAGUACAGGACAAAAAAUAGGAGUAUCUCAAAUAGCUAAUGAUCAAUGGAAAUUGUGUUCUUAUUCUUCGUUCACAUCAGAGAUAAAGGGCAACAGAACAGCCGAUAUGAGACCUUGUGUCAUGGCGGAAUGUCCCACAGAGAGUUCUCAUGUGGAACAUAACAUUACAGAAUUCUGUAAUAUGAUGUAUUGCAACAAAACAAAGUGUAAGCCAGUCAAAUGUCCAAAAACAACUAACUCACCGAACACAACCAGUAUUACAACGGAGGAUGCACCAUCUCAUCAUAAUGAUGGUCAGAAAUGCACCUCUUUAUCGCUUUUUUCUGCGAGAGAAAUGGGAAUAGUUGGAGGACAUUGGAUACCGACAGAAUGUAGAUCUACACGUCGCGUUGCUAUCAUCAUACCUUUUAGAGAUAGAGAGGAACAUCUUUGCAUUCUUCUUAAGAAUCUUAUCCCUAUUCUGAUGGUUCAACAAACAGAAUUUAGAAUUUUUGUAAUUGAACAGAUUGGAAAUACAGCAUUUAAUAAAGGAAGGGUUAUGAAUGCAGGUUUUCUUGAGGCAGUGAAAAUAUUUGAAUUUGAUUGUGUUUUUUUCCAUGAUGUCGACCUUAUUCCAGAAAAUGAUAGGAUUCUUUAUGAAUGUGGGGAACAACCACGCCAUCUGUCGGUGGCUAUCGAUGAACAUGGCUACAAGUUGAAGUAUAGCUACCUAGUAGGUGGCGUGUUAGGAUUUCGACCACAGACUUUUCGUAAAGUUAACGGAUAUUCCAACAUGUUUUGGGGCUGGGGAGGAGAAGACGACGAUAUAUAUUUCAGAAUGACUCAUUUAAAAUUCCGUGUAAUACGACCUCCAGCAUCUGUCGCUAGAUACACAAUGGUUCGUCACAAGAAGCGGGAAAUAUGGCCUAAAAGAAUGCAAGUACUGAAUACGUGGAAAACCAGGAUGAAGACUGAUGGACUAAGCAAUGUUCCUUACAAACUUAUAUCUGUUCAAAUUUACACAUACUAUACUAAAAUUAGAGUGGAUGUUGGAAAAGAAGACGAUAUUAAGAAGAAAGCUGAUGUUACUUUCCCAAAACAUGGUCCCUCUGUACAUGCAUAGGAACAUAGAACUUGUUACUUGAAUUAACCAUAUUGCAUAAUGUAUGAGUUUUACGGUUGUUAAAAGAAUAUAAGAU